GAUUAGACAUUCACUCGCCACACAUUCUAGCCCAUCCAACAGUCGUAUUUGCCAGUGCUGGUGAGCGCUCGCUAGUCUAUAAAUACGUUGAUGAGCUAGUCGAUUCGAAUUUCACUAGGAUGGGCAUGAAAACACGUUUAGCCGUCCUAAUGGGACUCGUCUUGUGUCUCGCUUCGGUGUCGUCUGCUCGAUACACACCAUGGGCGGCGGGUAGUGAAUACGUCUACCGACUGCACGCCAUCUCGGUCAGCGACAUUCCCGAGCUGGGCCCACAGGCGGCCGGUGUCAAGUUCGAUGCGCAGUUGAUGGUCCAGUGCCGCGAUGCUGGUUCCAUCAUUGUCAAGCUGGCCGACGUCACAGCGAGAAAUUUCCACACAGAUGUCAGCGAAAGUUGGAGCGAACUCGAGUCCAGCCAAAUUGGCACACAGGUCGUCGUCGAAGGCAAACAUUUCCUCGAGAAACCAUUCAUCAUCCGUCACCGUGAAGGCUUGUUCGAGGCGCUGGUGGUAAGUCAGGAUGAACCAUUUUGGUCCAUCAAUAUGAAAAAGGCCGUGGCGUCGAAACUGCAGCUGCACGUCUCUGGAAGUCGAAGCGUCGAAUCAGCGUCGCGCAAUUUCGGCCUGCCGACCGAAGACUCGACAGAAGACGUAAACACCGUCUUCAAAGUCUUGGAGAGUGGCGUUACUGGCGAGUGCGAGAUGCUCUACGAAAUCGCUCCUUUAUCGGACGCUCUCAUCCGCUCCGACAGCAAACUCAACCCUAUGCCCAAGCUAUGCGUCGAAGGCACUUUCUUCCAAGUGGUCAAGACCAAGGACUACAGCAAGUGUCGGCUAAGCAAGCCCGUCUAUACGGUCAUCGCUCCUGCCGGAUGGCAAUGCAAACCGGGUGUCGCCGCUUGCGGAACAGCUCGUUCGCGUUCGUCCGUCACCCGUUACAUCGGAUGCGGUAGCCUGGAAUCCUUUACGUUGCUCAAGAUGACGCAUCAAGGCGAAGUGCGGACUAGUCCAUACGCAUACGACACGGAACAGCUGAGGUCCCUUUCGUUGAUGAAGCUGAUACUGCAGGCCGUGCGCCACGCUUCGUCGUCAUCGGCGUGGCCACCCAAAGAAUUGGACACUGGACUUUCUAUCGGCUCGCUUGUCUAUUCCUUCCCAGGAACGAAUGCCAGUGGUAAUCAUUGGCUUUCGGACGGGCUAAUGCGGAUGCCUCCUCUGCGCGAUGCCGACCAACUUCACCAAGGCGUUGAGAACAUGCUGGAUGAGGUAGAACGUCUGCUGACCCAGGCCGUAGACCGGAUAGAAGAAAGCCAAGAGGAAGCAGCGAUCGAUACGAUCUCAGCCAUUUCUCAUCUCAUCCGUCACUUGGAUUAUCAGAAAGUCAGUACAUUGGUAGGCGACGUUGGCCAUCGCUCCAACCUUGAGAGGAGUAUUUUGUUGGAUGCAAUGAUCGCUGCUGGCAGCAAUCCUACUGUCACAUUUUUGAAGGAAUCGAUUUUGAACCGUCGUCUCAGCAAGUCGGAGAGCCUUCAUGCCAUUUCCAGUUUACCGCUGUACGUCCGCACGCCGACCGCUGAACUUCUAAACGAACUUUUUAGCAUGGUGAAAGCUACAAGCACUUUUUCGGGCUCUGAACGGCCCAUCUACCAUUCGGCGAUGAUGUCUGUCUGCCAAUUGGCGCACGUGGCCUGCGUGAAUGUGAGUGAGGCUCGCACUCGUUUCCCCAGUGGUCUCUAUGGCGAAUUUUGUCAACCUAACGACCCGUUCAUCACCAGCAGACUGGUACCGCUUCUGUACAAAGAAAUCAACGGCGCUGGUUCCAUCGAAGACAAAAUGGCUGCUCUGACAGCCCUCGGAGAAAUCGGCCACGAAUCCAUCCUCUCUGUCGUCCUUCCUAUUAUCAAGGCUAAAGGAGAUUAUUCUCCACUCAUCAGGACAAAAGCUGUCAUCAGUUUACACAAAAUCGCUCACGACUCGAACGCAAAGGUUAUACAAGUGCUGUCCACCACAUUUCAGAAUCCGACCGAGAGUAGCGAAGUUCGCAUGGCGGCUUUUACGCUGCUCAUCUUAGCCAACCCUCCAGCUUACCGCUGGCAAAGGAUUGCCGUGUCAACUUGGUUCGAACACAGUGCCCAGGUAGCCUCUUUUGUCUACACGACUCUUCACAGCCUGGCCAGCAACAUUGAACCAGUCGAGAACCUAAAAGAGUUAUCGGAGAAGGCGCAGAUCGUAUUGCCGCUAGCCAAACGCGUUCCUUUAGGCUUGAAAUACUCCUACAAUUUGAAACGGUCCCACCUGGUCGCAGAAAGCAGCGCUGGCGCAGAGUUUCAUAGCGAAAUGUUCAAUUCCGAAGAAUCCAUCUUUCCCAAAAGCCUUUACGGCCGGCUCAGCUGGGUCCUCGGACCGUACCACUUUGACAUUUUCGAGCUGGAGGCCUACGGCGAGAAUUGGAGAAGUGCCUGGGACAGAAUCCUGGCCAAAUUCAACCCCUCCUCCGAGAAUGUAGAAACUUCCCAGUCAAGAAACGGUCGUUUUCGAGAAUUUGACCUGCAUCCCGACCUACGUCGCAUGAAGAAACAGCUCAACGCCAAGAGCCCCAUCCCCGCACAGGAUGCCGGUUCGGCAGACGCCUUUUUGCAUUUGAGCUUGAUGAAGGCUGUCCAUCAUUUCACGUCCUUCGAUGAAGCCGGCAUCACCGACCUAUUGCAAAGUCUUUGGACGUCGGGUAGCCUCUCUGUGAAGCGAGAGUUUUCUCGUCGCAGGUGGAUGCCUUUGACUCAUGCUGAAGUUCUGGUGCCGAGCACCCUCGGCUUUAUGAUUAGCACACGAACUCAAGCCCAGGUCUUGUCUUCCUUUAAAGGUGACAUUCAAAUUGUCAGCGGCCGUGCUGAUGAUUUAACAGAUCUGAAGAAAUGGUCGACCCCUACUUCUACAAAGAAUUUGGGUUUGGAGCUAGACGUCAAGCCAACGGUAGUUGUCAAAUUAGCAGCGAGUAUGAGCGUCAACGUGGAAUUCACCAAGGCUCUGCCUGUCUCGGGUGUUGCCACCCUUGCGACCGUCAGUCUUCCUGGUCGAUUGACCCUUGGUGUCGAAUUGGACAACUGGAAAAUGAUAGCCGCUUGGAAGCCAGCCUCGUCAGGGCCCGCUGGACUUACCACCCUCUUUCAUUACCGCGUCCAGCCAUUCACUGCCCUACAGGCGAUAAGUGCUGACCUACCAACUUAUCCUAGUCCUGGCGAAUUGAAAGAUGUUCACGCCUUUGGCGUGGCUGCUCAGACGCAUCAACACCCAAUUGGUGGUAUAUCUGGAUUAAAACUGAACUGGACCAGCAGGAAAGAAUUGCCCCCUGCUGUCAACCAUCGAUCUGUUUGGCAGGAAUCACCCUCAAAAUUCUUCAUGAACGCCAAUUUUGCUUUGCUACCUGCUUCUCUGCACCUUCAAUCAAAUCGCGUCACACUCGACCCGAUCGCCUCGGAAACGACGAAAAUUGUCUUCUCCUUAAAUAUUGACGCGGCAGACAAGUUGGAUAGAGGCACCCAAGUGUACAGCACCGGUUCAAAAUCACCGGCCGCCGUUAAGGAGCCAGUUAACCGCAUUCAGUACCUAUCAAACAACAUGGAGCCUCAUAUCAAGAAAAAACUGAACAAAGUUUUAGGUCCCGUGCCAAAAGGAUCGGCCAUUCACGUCGAUGCUAAAUUGAUUAUGGAGAAGGUCGGUUUGCCUGCCAAAAUUUACGGCGCUUCUUUUGCCGGAGCUUAUGGAACGGAGGGCACCAAACUCGCCAUCAAUGCCCAGCUCGAAUUGCCCAUCAAUCAAGAAGUGUCAGACCCGUUUACGUUGUGCAUUGAAGGAGGUGGAAAUUAUCCGCGAUUACCCUCACUGGAUCGUCGCACAAUGAUCGAUACUCCGAUGGAAGCCUCCUGGAACGCCAAUAUCGGUUUCGGAGACUCGUGUUCGGAGCAUCAAAUCGCGGUUGAUGUCAGCAUGAGACGCAGCGAGGCGUUCAUCCGGUACGUCGAGGACUCACCGGGGAAUCGUGAUUGCAUCAUGCACGAAUCCCGAGGAGAAUUUAGCCAUGAACAAUGCCUGGCUGUCAAAGAGCUAGCCACUGUUCUGGACGAAUACGACGCCGUCGUCAAAUAUGGUCAUAUGCUGCCCAUUUUGAUGAACGCCACGCUGGGCGUGGAAGGCUGGCUUAAAAGCAAAUUUUAUGCCCACUUGUCGGAAAAUCGGGUGGAAGUGAACAACGCCAACAAGCAGUUACGAAUCUCAGCCAAAGUUCAGCCAUCCUUGUCGGCCGUUGACCUGAUGUUCCACAAGCCGCAAUCCAACACCUUAUUCCGGGAAUUACCGCUUUCUGAAACAUCCAACGUGAUAUUCCCGGUCAGCGCCAAGAGCUCCUUGAUGGAACGCUUGAUCGACAACACUAUUAGCGACGGAUUUGCUCCAAUCUGUCGCCUGGAAAGGAAUAGCAUCACAACCUUUGACAAAGUGCAGUACAACGCGCACAUCAAUGACUGCGAACACGUAGUCAUGACUGUACCGGGCAUUGAGACACUAGCCGUGUUAAUGCGUCAAGACGGCGAAAACAAGACUGUUACCCUAUUAGUUGGUCGAGACAAAUUAGAAGUUGCAGCGGCCAGUCUUAAGAUUCGCUAUAAUGAAAUUGAUGUGGUCGUCACCGAGGAUCAACCGCUGGAAGUUCACCACGCUGAUAUGACCUACCAAUCCAGCUCUCGACCUUCUAUCGGAGUCUAUAAGGUCGGACCAUCUGCUUUCAAGCUUUCGUCUCACGGCCAUGAUAUCCAUAUCAUAGCCGAUGCAUCGAGUAGCGUCACCGUCAAAGCACCCAGGUCGUUCCAAGGAAAGAUGAUCGGCCUUUGCGGUAACAUGGACGGCGAAACUGUUUCUGAAUUGCGUGAUUCUCAGCGUUGCACGCUCUCGUCUGGAACUCUGAUGGCCGCUUCUUAUCAACUGAACGACGGCCAUCAAGGAAAGCAAUGCUUCGGGCUGCCUGACAAAGUCCGAGGCCAGUUACGUGAGGAACAAAAUACCUGCCACAACAAACACGAUCUUCCUCUUACCCCCAUGCCUUCGCCCCCUAGCUCUCCGCCCAAUGAUGGAUGUAUCAUACGACGUACGUUGGUUGUUGUGCGCAGUUCCGAUGAAGCCAAAUGUUUCUCUACUAGUACCGUGAAGGAAUGCCGACCAUCAUGCUACGGACUAUACGGCCACUUCAAGCCAACUAUCGUUGGGUUCCACUGCGUUACGAACCCAAAAUUAGGUGAAGAGUUGGAGCAGGAGGCUAAGCACAAAGUCUUGACUUUUAUGCUUGGCAAGAAAGAGGACAUCCGCACAACGCUCUAUUUGCCCACACUUUGCCGGCCGAAUGCUGAACAGGUCGAUCCCACCCUGUUAACCUAGAUUUUUCAAUUACGGUCUCGGAUUGUCAAACUUUUUGCCUUCUUCUAAUCUGAUACUCAUACCCAGUACUAUAUAAUACAAUGAAAACGCUUGGA